UAACACCCCGAGGACACCUGCUCGCGGCCCUGCAGCCCAGGACAGAACAGGGCGACUUGCCAGAGGUGCUCCCGUUUCCAGCACCUGGAGUGCUAGGGAAGGGAGAGCGCGACGGGCAAGGAGCGGCGGACGGAGGCGCCACCGAGCCCUGGGGCACAGAGGUGGUGCAGCCAGUACGAGGGCGCUCAGCUCCAAGGCCAGGCCUGGGGCUACAGGGAGGCCUGAGCCCGUGUAACGCCGCCAUAGACGACUUUCUCUGAGGCCUGACUUUUUCCACGGCUCCCUUGGCUGUAGAGGGGGUUAUGAAAACUACGCCAAGAAGGGGAGGGUUUCCCGGUCUCUCACUGGCCUUAACUUUCCCCACAGGUUCUCUGGGUUGUGGUGGUCCGGGACUCUCAAGUGGCAUUCUCCCAGCCCUCAGUUCUGAAGACCGUGGGUGAACCCCAAGCCCGGGGUCCUGUGUCCAUGUUAGCAUGUAUAUAGAGUUGUUCCAAUCUCUGGCAGCCAGCAUGAACAGGUGUGGAAGAUUGUUCCAGAAAGGUACAAGAUGUGCAAAUGUUUAGGUGUAAUACGGAGGUGGGAACGAUUGUGAAGCCACAAGUCUCCUUGCUUUCUGGUGGGUGCAAAGAAAAGGAGGAUAGGCGUCAUCACUGCAGUGGCUGCUUGAGAAGUGUGUGUUUUCAGGAGGUAAUCAGAAAAAAGGUGAUUUACCAAGGUCCUCACAGGCUUCAUCUGUGUACACAGUGGGGCACAAACUGUGGGAUUGACGGAGGAGGAAGGAAAGUCCGGGUGGACUAGUCCAGAUGAGGGUUACUAGCCCAGGAUCGUGGUCAAGGAGAUGUGUGGUUAGAUUCUGGAUGCAUGGUUUCAAAAGGGACAACUAAAUUAUGUAAUGUAGGUGGCCAGGGAGUGAAACAGGAUUCAGAGAAGACCCCAGGGUUGUUGGUAUUAGCAGCUGAAGGGAAAGACGUUUCAUCAACUAAGAUGAUGAACACAUUGGCAAUAGGAGUAAUAUUCACUAGGGAUAUCAGGUUUAUUUGGGCCAUGCUAAGAGUCAGAUCUUUCAGACCCUACUAAAUGGAGGUGUUAAGUGGGCAGAUGAACACACAGGUCUUGAAAUCGAGGGAGUGGUUCAAGAUGUGGCUGUUGUGUGCCCCAAGUUGAGUGAGCUGUGGGUCACAGUUAGGUUGAGCCAGUCCCAGGCUUUGGUUGUAAAACUGUUAGUGGGCCAAGACAGGGAGGAUGAUGAUGGAGUAAGUGGUCAUGAAGGCAGGGUAUGUAAAAGACAGUGUAGUUUGGCAGGGGCCAGGGCUCCCAAGUGAAGAAUGGAUAUGAGAUGAACGCAAAUGCAUAGGACACUCAGGCUAGAAAUCAUGCUUAUUUGCUACUUUGCGGGUAUCCAGAAUUUUGUGAUAACUUGAUGGGGCCUGGGUGUUUCAUUCAGGCUUGAAGAUUAAGUUAGUGUCAUAUGGUCAUUUGUGAGAGUCAUUGUGUAUGAGAUGGGCAACCAGUGAGGCUGGAAUUUAAAUGAGCUUUACGUGGAUAUAUGACUGCCAAGGGGAUGGUAAGUGCAGCACAGAAGUGGAAUAGGACCCUGGUUAUCUGUGAUUCACCUGUGGUUCUCUGUGACUAAAUCUGAGGCAAGGAACCUGGCAGGGAGGCCUUCAAAGAAGUUUUUGAGGCUGUUUCCAGUAGUGCAAGCCAUGGGAAGUCUGGGAUAUCGGAUCCUCUUUAAAUCCACACUCUGGAAGCUGGUUGUGGUGUAAGGCCAGAAAUUAAGGCCCAGUGUGAUAUGUCACCUUGACGUCUGAUGAAAACACUACAGCCUCAGAUGGCCUGAGAGCAAAUUCCCUGUCCCACUUUGCUCCCAAGAAUAAGCUCUCUCAGCCAAAUGAACCUUUUUUAUUCAGGGAACCAGAAUAGUUCCUGCUUAUUACUUUGUAGCAGGUUUCAGUACCCUACCAAUUUUUUGAGUAAUUCAAACAAGCUAGUCCCCUCCUCUGGGGACCAGGGUAGCUUCUCCAUCUUGAUGCAACAAAGCUUACAUUCCACAGCACCUGGUUGUUCACUCUUUUCUGGAGUACUACUUCUAUAUGGCCCUGUGUGGAGUGUGGUAUUCUUUCACAAGUUAUGAGUAUUUGUCUUUAAUUAAUAAACUGUUGAUCUCAUUUGUCUAGUGUCAAGUGUCUCGUGUUUGGCCGUUGGUUAUCCACUGUAACCAUUAGGUUAUCCACUCUUUCAUCCAGGUAGCAUGUGUGGAGGCCAGGCUUUAGCCUGUAGUAUGGGACAGUGAGGUAGUGGUGAUCGUGGUCAUGUGGCUGUGGGAUCUGGAGACCUGAGGUAUGUGCAGUGUAACGAAUGACAUGCACUUGGAGAGGGAGUAUGCCUGAUGGCCCCACAGCCCCGGUUGAGACCUACAUAAUCUUGGUCAUACCAGAGGAAUGCUUGUCAGGGAGGGGUAGUUGCCCUUAUGCCAUGCCCACAGCUUAGAUACAUGUAUUUUUUUGCCUGCCUCUUGUUACUGGUGGCUGCAACCAGUGACCAAGAGGCCAAUAAGGAGAAAACAGCACCAGUGGACUGCUUUCUCCACUGAGUUGGGGAGCUUCAAAAGAAGAUGAGCAUUGGGUAAAUGUGUGAGGGGAUGAAUUAUGGAUCCUGAGAGAAGGAACCAUUUGUGGUUUCAUCUGUCCCCAUCCUGGCAGGGUAUUGUGACCUUUGAGGACGUUGCUGUGUACUUCUCCUGGAAGGAAUGGAGUCUCCUUGAUGAGGCUCAGAAAUGCCUGUACCACGAUGUGAUGCUGGAGAACUUGACACUUACAACCUCCCUGGGUGGUUGUGGAACAGAGGAUGAGGAGGCACCUUAUCAGCAGAGCACUUCUCCACAGCAGGUGUCACAGGUUAGGAUUCCUAAGGCCCUUCCUUCUCCCCAGAAGACCAACUCCUGUGAGAUAUGUGGCCCAGUCUUGAGAGAGAUUUUGCACUUGGUUGAGUACCAGGGAACACCCCAUGGUCAGAAACUGUACACAGAUGGGACAUGCAGGAAACAAUUACAAUUUACUGCAUACCUUCAUCAGCACCAGAAGGAGCAUGUUGGACAGAAACACUUCAGAAGCAAUGUGGGCAGAGAGAUGUUUUUGAACAGCUGCACAUUUCAAGUAUCUGGGAAGCCAUUCACUUGCAAGGAAGUUGGGAAGGAUUUCCUGGCGAGAUCAAGAUUUCUCCAGCAACAGGCUACUCACACCAGAAAGAAGUCAAACAGAACCAACAGUGCAGUGGCUUUUCACAGUGUGAAAAAUCAUAACAACUGGGGAGAACGUAUGAAAGCUUUCAGCUACAAACACGUACUUAUUCAGCACCAGGGAGACCUCAGUAGGGAAAGAUGUUACAUGUGCAGUGAAUGUGGGAAAUCUUUUAGCACAAGCUGUAGCCUCAGUGAUCAUUUGAGAGUUCACACAGAAAACCCUUAUACAUGUGAGGAAUGUGGGAAAUCCUAUAGGCAAAGCUCUAGCCUUAUUACACACCGAAGAGUUCACACUGGAGUAAGACCUCAUCAAUGUGAUGAAUGUGGAAAAUUAUUUAGAAGGAAGUAUGACCUUAUUAUACAUCAGAGAGUUCAUACUGGAGAAAGGCCUUACAAGUGCAGUGAAUGUGGGAAAUCCUUUAGCCAUAGCUCUAGCCUCAUUACACACCAGAGAAUUCAUACUGGAAUGAGGCCUUAUGAGUGCAGUGAGUGUGGGAAAUCCUUUAUCCAUAGUUCUAGCCUUAUUACUCACCAGAGAGUUCACACUGGUACAAGGCCUUAUAUGUGCAGCGAAUGUGGGAAAUCCUUUAGCCAAAGCUGUCAUCUCAUUAAACACCGGAGACUUCACAUUGGAGAAGGGCCUUAUGAGUGUAGUGAAUGUGGGAAAUUGUUUACUUACAGAUCUCGUUUCUUCCAACACCAGAGAGUUCAUGCUGGUGUAAGAGCUCAUGAAUGUCAUGAAUGUGGAAAAUUAUUUAGCAGGAAAUUUGACCUCAUUGUUCAUCAGAGAGUUCACACAGGCGAAAGGCCAUAUGAGUGCAGUGAAUGUGGAAAAUCCUUUACCUGUAAAUCCUAUCUCAUUGCACAUUGGAAAGUUCAUACUGGGUCAAGGCCUUAUGAAUGUGGGGAAUGUGGGAAAUCAUUUACCCAUAGCUCUACACUCCUUCAACACCAGAGAGUUCACACUGGAGAAAGGCCUUAUGAGUGCAAGGAAUGUGGGAAAUUUUUUAGCCAGAGCUCCAGCCUCAUUAGACAUAGGAGAAAUCACACCGGAGAAAAGCCUUAUGAGUGCAGUGAGUGUCAGAAAUCCUUUAGUAACCGCUCUAGCCUUGUUAAACACCAAAGAAUUCACACUGGAGAAAGGCCUUAUGAAUGCAGUGAAUGUGGAAAAUCCUUUAGCCAGAGCUCUAACCUCAGUAAUCACCAGCGAGUUCACAGUGGGGAAAGGCCUUAUGAGUGUAGUGACUGUGGAAAAUCUUUUACCUUCAACUCCAAUCUCCUAAAACACCAGAAUGUUCACAAGGGAUAAAGGUUAGGUAACACACAGAGGGCUAUUAGGGACAGAGAAGCGUCCCUGCAAAAUUCGUAGAGAAAGAUUAAAUAAAUGUAUGAAUUUUCAAUAACCAUGCUUUAGUAUAUGUUCUCUGAAUUUUGUUUUAUACAAAUACAUUUAUAUGUGUACUUUGUCUCUCUUAUAUGCACACAUAAAAAUAAAUGGUUUCUUU